AUGGCAGCUGGACGUAACCGGGUCGUUGUGUCUUUCUCCAACAAUCGUUCAGAUGGAGAGUUCACCUCGUUUUAUCAACAAAUUGCAGCCAGUAAAGUUCGGAAAGAAAGUGACAUGAGUACUCUUCAGCCCGAUGAAGGCGACGUAAGUGAAAGAGAGCUACUUGUGGAUGACAUCCAGCGCAUUCGCGAAGCCCUCCGUGUUACAGCUGAUGCAGUCAACAAGUUGUCUUCUGAAGAUGAAGAAGACGAUGAAGAGUUCGAAGAAGAGGAAGAAGAAGAAAAUGAACAACCCUGCGCUGAAAACGCAAGCCUGAAACAUCAAACUUCUUUCAAGUUGCCACAUCAGACAGAGAAUUUUCUCUCUGCUUCAAAACAUGGUUUUACACUCACCAGUGAAGGAGAAGUACUUCAGGAAGAGAAUUGUAUCCAUGAGCCUCCUCCAAAAGUCAGAGAGUCAGUCACUGGUCUAAUUGUACUGGCAAGCGAGGGGUGCGGCUACCGCCUCUCUGUUGGGAGAAAGAAAAGGAAAUCCAGCCUGGCACGAAUAAAACAACUCUGCAUAUAG